GGCUGCGAGGCUGCCGCCCGCCGCCCUUGCUGCGUGUGUAGGCUCUGGGCUGCGUGUGCGCGUGUGUCCACGCGAGCGAGGGAGCGAGGAGAAGGCGCGCGGGCGCGGAGGCGGCAUCCUCCUCCUUCCUCCUCCUCCUGCUGCUGCUCCUCGUCUACCCUCGGCCGGAGUCCCCUGUCAGGCGGAAGGCUAGGCGGGCGCCGGGCCCCGCCGCGGGGCAUGGAGAGCCUGCUGGAGAACCCGGUGCGCGCCGUGCUCUACCUGAAGGAGCUCACCGCCAUCGUGCAGAACCAGCAGAGCCUCAUCCACACGCAGCGCCAGCGCAUCGACGAGCUGGAGAGGCGCCUGGACGAGCUCAGCACCGAGAACCGCAGCCUCCGCCAGCAGCACGCGCUGCCCGACGAGCCCACGCAGCAGCCCGGGCUCCCAGCUCCGCCGCCGGCUUGCCCACCGGGUCCUCCCCAGGGCCAGCAGCAGCAGCAGCAGCAUUCGCCGCCUCUGCCGCCGCCGCCGCCACCGGAGCAGCCUCGGCAGGAGCAGCUUCAGCACCCGCAACAGCUCCCGGCGCCUCCGCAGCCUCCCAGCAGCAGCAGCAGCAGCAAGCAAGCUCAGGCCAGCCCCAGCGGCAGCCGGACUCCCGCCCCCCACCAGCACCCUCCGCUCCACCACCACCACCACCACCCCGAGAAGGACGGCAAGGAGAAGAGCUGUUGCGCGGUCCUGCUCCAGCACAAACCGCCCCCAGCCAUCGCCAAAGGCGUCUUGAGCAGGAGACCAGAGUAA